CACAUAUCACAUAUUAUUGAUAACUUUCACUAGCAAUCAUUUAUUCACUACUUCCCUGAUCGCUGUUAUUUCACUUUGCACAAUCCAUUAGCUGUGACACGUGCUGGAAUUGGAACAGACGGUGUCACUGUAUGACGGCAUGAUUGGUGUCUGUCUCAUUACCUCUCCGACCGUUUGCGACAGGUGCUAGACAUCGUGCAUAUAAUCCUUUCUAUUUGAACCCGCAAGCCUGAAAGGCUCUUGAUAGGCGAUUAACAGUUAUAGAGAGCUCACCUAAGAGUCCUGUCUAGCUAAUUCGGAACUUCAUCGACGCAAAGAUGCCACAACUCAAACCGCUAGCAGGCGAGUCCACCGCUGGUCAGGCUCCCUCCCAUCCACCUCCUGCUCCAAACCGUCCCGCAUUCCCCCACGACCCCGACACCUUCCUCUCCGACCCUCGGGUCUCCUACAGUAAACUCGACGGCAAAUACGUGCUGGAAGAGCCCUCAGACGACACCGAAUGGGAAUGGAACGAGUCCCUCGAUCGCUGGAUGCCUGUCGUCGACGAGGAGGAACUGGCACGGCAGUCGGAAGUGUACCGCGUGCAAGGAAUCAACGAGGAAGAGGCGGUGGAUGCGCGGACGCUGCGGGAGAAGCGGAAAAAGCGGAUGGCGGAAGGCGAUGGCGGCGGGGGCUCGAAGAAGCGGAAGGGUGACGUUGCGAACCCGCCGGGCCAGGAGAACAAGCCGAAGAACAAAGCCGUUUACGUCACGAACUUGCCCCCGGAUAUCACGGUGGAGGAACUGAGUGAGGUGUUCUCGCGGUACGGGGUCAUCGCGGAGGAGCUGGAUAGCAAAAACCUGCGGAUCAAGAUCUACACCGAUGAGCAGGACAUGCCCAAGGGUGACGCGCUAGUUGUGUACUUCCGCCCGGAAAGCGUCCGCCUCGCCGUGCAGAUGCUCGACGACUCGGAGCUGCGGCCCGGCGACGGGCGGGGGAACAUCCGCGUCAAGGAGGCGGACUGGAGCUACAAGAAGAGUGUGGAGGAGAACGCGGGCAAGACGGAGGAGCAGCUGCAGGCGGAGCGCAAACAGCGGAGUGAGAAGGAGAAGAAGAAGGCACAGAAGAAGCGGGAGAAGAUGAUUAGCAAACUUGCAGAUUGGUCCGAUGAUGAAGAGUUGGUGGCGCCAAAUCAAACGACGUCGAAAACCAGUAAGACCGUGGUGCUGAAGCACAUGUUCACCCUGGACGAACUCGAGGAGGAUCCAGCGGCCAUCCUCGAUAUCAAAGAGGACAUCCGCGACGAAUGCUCUAAACUCGGGAAUAUCACCAACGUCGUCCUCUUCGACAAGGAGCCCGAGGGCAUUGCUACGAUUCGAUACACAGACACCGAGUCGGCCGAAGCAUGCGUCAAGGUCAUGCAUGGCCGCCACUUUGGAGGCCGGCAGGUCAUCGCAUAUAUUGCACAGGGCAAUGAGAAGUUUCAUAAGACCCCCAACCGGGGGCUGGGCUUCGAUGAUGAGGAUGAAGAGGAGCGGCUGGAAGAGUUCGGGGAAUGGCUGGAGAAGGAGAGAGGGAAGUAGAUGGCCAUUCAGGCAUGGAACUUCCCUCUCGGCCUUGGGUUUCGAUGGGUUAACACAGCAUAGCGAUGCCGGCAAUGGUUAUGAAAGGUAAUCAGUGAAACGACCUUAGAUUCGAUAAUAUAUUCAAACUUCAAUCCCCU